UGCUCCGUCAAGUUCUCAUCCUCGCGCUUCGUUCGACUCUGCCAACCUCAUCAGAGUAUCGAGCGAGAGACAAUCAGGGGGCGCCAAUGUAAAGCCCCUGUCCCUCGCCAUGCUCCCCAACACUUCAAUCACCACGACCGCCUUUGUCGCGGCUAUCAGCACUCAACUCAACAGUCGCCGCUUUCAACUCAGCUUCAUCAUGCGGUACUCUACUCGCCCUACGCUCCUUCCACCAUGCGACCACGCGAAACCAUCAUUGGCAGAUGGGCGAGAACGACACUCUAUCGCCAUGGCUCUCUCGCCCAAUACGCCACCCGCCCCUACCUUCUCCCGAUGCGUCACCGCUCGCCCCGCCUCAACCUCUCCUCGGCCCACCCACGACCUUCCUGCGAAGGCGCUGUUCCAGCUUGCGCCCAGCAGACCCGCGCAUCACAACGCUGAGCUGGCACCGCCACCAGGCCAAUCACACUCUGGUCCUUACUUUCACACCCCUUCGAACGUCUCCUUAUUGCCUUGCAGGCAAAGCCUUCCGAAAGACUCGCUCCUGCGAGUUCUCCUACCGCACCCUCCGAAGCUAGAUCCAUCAACUGAUCUGGCAUCGCUCCCUCCAGCCCAUCCUCCCUCCCGCACCCGAGCAUUCAACUGCUUUUGCUCUUCACCCUGACCCCUACCCCUUCCCAACCUCCCCAUACUCACCCCCCUCUCGUCGUCGAAAAGCCACCUAUUCCACCCUCCGCGUUUGACUCCUCGGCGAACGAUGACUACACGACGACGACGACUUCUACUUCGCAGCCUUCUCACACUUGCUACCUGUACUAUAGCUCCCU